CUAGGCUAGUCAAAUGAUGAUGCCUCUUCGGAUCUUCUGCCUUCUGCUGCCUAUAAAAACUGCAUUACAAGCUCAUGCAUCAUCGCUCUUGUAGCAAAAGAUGAAACUCUCAAUCACACUCAUCGCGUUCGCCUUUGCACUUUCUGUUGCUGCUUCUCCCACCAGGCGAGAUACCAGUAUAUGUGCCGGCGAAGAAAUUCUUUCGGAAACAUACGUUGGUGAAGAGAAGAAUGUGAAGCUUCAGCACAUUACGUGUCCACCGACGCCCUCAAAGAGGGCUCUUGCUCCGCGUCAAACGAAUGUUUGUGGAAAUACUUGUAUUACCAAUUGCUUCGUGCCUAGCGGUGGAGGACCUGUCCCGGAUGACUGUCAUGUAAUUGCAGAUGCUUUACGGUUUGACAGUGAGAACGUAGGCGCUUUGUUUGAGAUUGGUACUGGGAUCAACAACACCAUCGCGCUCACCUACGCUACCUGCGAAUCCUUCUACGUCAACCAGGAUCCUACCACCCAAAUUUACUGUCGUACUGACUGGGCGGCAGUCAUUGACUGGGUUGCUCCCAAUUGCCAAUCGACGCAAAACGCGCACGGCGGUAAUUGUGUUGCGACUGAUCAACAAUUCUUCAUCCAGGUUCAACAUUCCUGAAUGAACCAUCAGCCACCUUCGCCGUUCUCAAAACCAAACUCCCUGUAUUUCUUAUCCUUUGAGGACCUUUUUUCUGUCCAGUUCCCUAAGCUUCCGUAAUCAGAUUUGUGGGAAUAGCUUAAUCACUGUGGUUGUUUUUAAGACGAGGACUAAUGUAUUGAACAGCUUAUGCAAGCAAGACAUGGCUC